AGAAAAGGCGGGAUACAUCACACAUGGAGUGGAACUUGCUUUGUACCAUGGGUUUAUACAUAUAAAACAUAUUGCUAAAAUGUUUUAAAUAAACACAAAGUUAAACUACAAAAGAAUUACAAGAUGUUUGUCCAUGGUGUUGACUCCAAAACAGACAUAACUGACCACCUGUAUCAGUCUGAUGUUUUAAGUACUGAAGAAAAAGAGGAAAUUUGUAAUUCUUCUCUCACUCAACAGGAAAGUAAUAGACUUUUAUACAACAAAUUGAUUCGCAAAGGUGGAGAUGCAUACACACACCUUCUUGAAGCUGUAAGACAGGGAAAAUACCAGGAUGUUGCUUCAGAAAUGGAGAAGACAGAAUUGUCAGAUCAAGAAAUACAAUUGUGUCAAAUAGGAAUGAAGAAACUUAAAGACAGACACAAGAAAAAAGAUAUUCUGAUGGAUCACGAUGAAGUUAUUCCUAAACAUAUACUUGAGCAGUUCGAAAAACGCUUGGACCAGUGGAAAAAGGAUGAUCAACAGUUUGUAAGCACUGAAGCAGAGAAACAUGUAAUGCAAAAAGUUUUGACACAAAGUUCAGUUACACUGGUUGGAAAUUCUGGCACUGGAAAAAGUUUUCUUUCUAAACACAUUGCCCUCAUAAUGAAGACACAUGGCUAUACUGUGAUUCCAUGUAGUAAACCAGAAGAUAUUGGAAAAUGGUUUAAACAUGGGAGGAAAUCUUUGUUUGUCUUUGAUGACGUCUGUGGCAGAUAUACCCUUAAUCAACAAAUGUACACUGACUGGAAACAAAGACUUGAUCACAUAAUAUCUCUUCUGGGAGACACAUGUUGUAAAAUCAUCUCUACAUGUAGAUUGGAGGUUUACAAAGAUGAACUAUUUAGCAAUCUCUCUAUUUUCAAAAUGUGUAACAUGGAUUUAAGUUCAAUAGAAUUCAAACUUAGUGCUGCUGAAAAAUUUGCUUUAGCUGAAGUUUACUUGAAGGAAAAUACUGAUGAAGUAAAGGAAUUGUCAGACAAAUAUGACUUUUUCCCACUGUUAUGUAGCUUAUAUCAUAAACAGAACCUCCAGAAGAAUGUAAACGUUACCUCUUUUUUUAGCAAUCCUUUUGAAGUUUUCAAAGAUCAACUUGUACAAAUGUAUGGAGAAAGUGAUGCUGGUAAGAUGCAGUAUUGUAGCUUAGUCCUUUGUGUAAUGUUUAACAACACAUUAACAGAUGAAAACUUGUCACCAAAAGAUAGGAAGAUAGAAGCAAUGAUAGAAGAUUUACUAGAAGAAUGUGAACUGAAUAAAGGAACAUCUAUCAAACGUUUAAGGAAAUCCCUGGAAACACUUGAAGGUACUUAUGUGGUCAAGGAGGGUACUACAUACAAAAUAAUCCAUGAUAAGUUGUUUGAUUUCCUUGCCAAAUACUUUGGGGAGAAGAUGAUUCAGAUUUUUAUUGAUCAUGCUAAUACUGAUUUUAUUAAGGAGCGAUUUCUUUGGAAGAUAACAGAUAACAUGGGCCCAGAAAUAGAGUUUGUAAUAGGAAUACCUGAUAAUUAUAUAAAUAGAUAUAUAGAAAGGUUACUCAAAGACUGGGAGAAUGGUUAUGUAUACAAUGUAUGUCUCAACAGAAACAUGAAGUCUACAACAUUUACAGAAAAAUUGGUAACUCAUUUAAACCAACUUGAUCUAUCAAAACAGGAACAACUUGUUUGUACUAAAGAUAUUCACAGUAAAGAUAAAGCACUUGGUGGAAGUUGUUAUAUGGGUACUAUUGACCUUGUCAAAUGGUUGAUCAGUAGGAACAGUGACAUUAAUUAUUGUGAAAAGGAUGGUUGGUUUCCUUUAUUAUGGGCAAGUCAGGAAGGACAUGUUGAUGUUGUUAAAGAAUUGUUACAACAUUCAGCUGAAAUCAAUAAAUGUAACAAUAAUGGUACAUCACCUCUGUCUGUAGCAAGUCAUAAUGGACAUGUUGAUGUUGGUACAUCACCUCUGUAUGUAGCAAGUCAUAAUGGACAUGUUGAUGUUGUUAAAGAACUGUUACAACAUUCAGCUGAUGUUAAUAAGUGUAGAAAUGAUGAUACAUCACCUCUGUAUAUAGCAAGUGAGAAUGGACAUGUUAAUGUUGUUAAAGAACUGUUACAACAUUCAGCUGAUGUCAAUAAGUGUACCAAUGAUGAUGAGUCACCUCUGUAUAUAGCAAGUGAGGUAGGACAUGUUGAUGUUGUUAAAGAACUGUUACAACAUUCAGCUGAUGUUAAUAAGUGUAGAAAUGAUGAUACAUCACCUCUGUAUAUAGCAAGUCAGAAUGGACAUGUUGAUGUUGUUAAAGAACUGUUACAACAUUCAGCUGAUGUCAAUAAGUGUACCAAUGAUGAUGAGUCACCUCUGUAUAUAGCAAGUGAGGUAGGACAUGUUGAUGUUGUUAAAGAACUGUUACAACAUUCAGCUGAUGUCAAUAAGUGUAACAAAAAUGGUGCAUCCCCUCUGUAUAUAGCAAGUCAGAAUGGACAUGUUGAUGUUGUUAAAGAACUGUUACAACAUUCAGCUGAUGUCAAUAAGUGUAGAAAUGAUGAUACAUCACCUCUGUCUAUAGCAAGUCAGAAUGGACAUGUUGAUGUUGUUAAAGAACUGUUACAUCAUUCAGCUGAUGUCAAUAAAUGUAAGAUUGAUGGCACCUCACCAUUACAGAUUGCUUGUUAUACCAACAUGAUAGAGGUUGUACGUGAACUUCUUCAGUGUGAUGAUGUUGAUAUUGAUCUUUGUAAUGAUGAUGGAUGUUCCUCACUUUAUUGCGCAAGUCAGAAAGGACAUGUUAAUGUUGUUAAAGAACUGUUAAAACAUUCAGCUGAUGUCAAUAAGUGUGACUUUAGAGGUAAAAAUGCUCUCAAUGUAGCACAGGAGAAAGGACAUAUAGAAAUAGUAUCACUGUUAAAGGGAAAAGGAUUAAAUCAACUUUCAUGUCAAAAUGAGCAAUUCAAGUGAGAGUGGCAUAGGAUGGUUUUUUUUAUUUUUAGAAUUUGGACAUGUUCAUACAUAAGAUUUCAUUUACUCAAAUCCCUCAUAUAGCAUGUUUAGCUGAAAAUACUUUAUAGUUUGAAGUAUUGGCACUAGUCAAUACAUUGUACUUCUAUUAACCAGUAGCUGUUUUUUUUUUCUUAAUAGUAUUGUUAGGUUCCUGUCUAUAUCGAUAAGUUUCUUUUUAUGCAUAUAUACAAGUAGUGUCUUUCCGAAAUUAUUGAAAUGAUUUUUGUGAAAAUACUGUUACAUCAGAUAAGGUAACUAGCUCAUGACUUGUUUUUUUCAAUAAAACAAAAUAAGCAAAUUAUUUGGAAUUGAAUGCAUUUAAAGAUUGACCAGCAGUAUGCAAUAGGUACACACCCUCUAAAAACAGAGUUGGAUGAAUAUGAAAAAGAAAAACAAUUAUAUAGAUAAUAACAAAGGUUAUUUGGAUAAAUUUGAAAAUGAAAAAAACAAUGUAUUCGUAA